AUGAAUAAGCAAAUGUGUGAAGAGUUCCAGAAAGUAAGGAACUCGAUUUCCGAUGAAUCGGAAUAUAAAGGAAUCCCUGAAUUUGAUGAUGAUCAUUUUUUAAAUAAGUAUUGUGAUAGUAAUAAAUGUCAAAGUGAUUACGAUAGAAUAAGUGCUGGAUGUUUAUAUUUGUUGGAUCAAUUCUAUAGCGAUUCUGGUGUGUUACCCCGUCCUUCAAAAAGUAACCCCUAUAUUGUUGAUUACAUUUUGAUAUGGUUAAGUUAUAUGUUAAACCUGACCAAUAGUAAAGAAAAAGACAAUAUAACGUUUUUUUAUAAUAUUUACAUAAAUAGUUGUAGUAAGUAUAGCACGGAAAUGAGUGAAUUCAUGUAUAAUGAUCAUGAUUAUGAUAAUUAUAAGGGUCUUAUAGAUAAAAGAAAGGAAUUUUUGUAUAUGGAUAGUAAUAUUAUACCUAAAUUUUAUGAAGCAUUUAAAUUAUUAUGUAAUUUGUAUAAUAAACUUGAUUAUAACAAUAAAAAUUGCGAAAAUUAUUUGGAAGGUGAUAAUGAAUUUGAUAAAAAAUAUAAAGAACUUGAGCAAGAUACUAGUAAUACUGGAAAUGGUUCAUAUAAUAAACUAUUGUCCACUUUAUUAAAGGAUUAUAAUGAUUUUAAAAAGGAAUGUAAAGAAAUUUUAUCCUCGCUAUCGGAAAAAACAAAAAAAAAACAUGGACAAACUCUUGUAGAUAGUUCUGAACAAGAUAUAUAUGAUUUGAGACAAUAUUCUGGACAAGAAUCUGUACAAUAUGUAGAUAAUUCUGAUGCUACAUCAUCAAGUUCAUCGAUAGUAAGCAAAUUAAUUCCAGUUUUAUUGAUAUUUGGUGCAAUACCAAUUUUAUUGGGAGUUUCUUAUAAGUAUUCAUUAUUUGGAUUUCGGAAACGAUUUCAAAAACAAAAAUUAAGAGAAAAGCUAAAAAAAUAA